CGUGCUCGGAGUUGUGUGAUCAAGCGCGCGUCAUGGGUUACCGCUUACCAGUGAACCUACAGACGCGGCUGUGAGCGGUGACUUACCACACUUACUUGUGACUUGAACUUACUGGGAUUUUUAUUAUUGUUUCGUAUUUCUAAAAUGUCGGAUAAUGGAGGUUUGGUCCUGGAACCGGGGAAAAUCAUACGACCUGUGAUAGACCAUGACGGAGUGAAGUUAUUGGCUGAGAGGCUUUACGGGAUAUCUGUUCUGGAGCUCAUCGAAUUGAACGGCUAUGAUGACAAGAACUACAAGUUGAUUGAGGACCCGAACAUGAAGAACCCUCUGAUAACGAACCACAGCGCCAACGGAUACGUACUGAAGAUAAUGAACUCGAUUGACUCCCAAAACUUAAGCGUCGUUGAAGCGCAGAACGAGAUCAUGAACUUCUUAUCCACGCGUUCAGUAUCUUGUCCGAAGCCGAUUCGCAACGUCUUCGGUCACCUCCACUCAGUGGAGAGUAUCAGUGGGAAGCAGCACGUGGUUCGACUGCUGGAGUACAUUCCCGGUGAACUCCUUAAGGAUGUUCCCCGUUCGGAGGCACUGUUUUACCAGCUCGGGGAGUUCGUCGCGAACCUAGACAACAAACUUCAGAACUUCAACCACUCCGGUCUUGUCUCUCGCGAGCACAUCUGGAUGUUGAGCAAGGUUCCCGAUCUGGAUAAGUUUAAAUACGUCAUCAAGGAUGCUGAGAAACUCGACUUGGCUGAGGAGGUCAUCGAAGAGUUCAAGUACGCCGUGUUGCCCCGCCUCGACGAGCUGGAGAAGGGGGUCAUCCACGGAGACAUCAACGAGAUGAACAUCCUCGUAGGAUUGAAGCCUGAUGGCAGUAAAACUGAUUACCGCAUCACCGGCGUCAUCGACUUCGGCGACAUUCAGUACUCGUACUACGUGUUCGAGCUGGCCAUCACCAUGACGUACAUGAUGCUGCUCAGCGGCGACCCUCGCACGGGUGGACUGGUGCUGGCCGGCUACACCGUCACCAGGAGACUGCCUGACGAGGAGUACAGGCUCUUGAAGACGUUGAUAUCAGCUCGCCUGGUACAGAGUUUGAUUCUCGGUGCUUACACGAUAGAACAAGACCCGAAUAACACCUACGUCACAUCAACCGAGAAAGCCAAUGGCUGGGAACUGCUCAAGAAGAUUCGGAAGACCAAACCUGACCCUGAUGAUGAUCCUACCAACUGGAAGGCGAUCGCUAAUGAGUUCUUGACCAGAAGCUAAACAUAUUUUUUUACAUUCAAAUUGUAAACUUUAUAUUAUUUUGUUUCAUCGUAGUUCAGUUAUCCGUCCAUAGAUGGCGUUUUAUUGUAAAUAAUUAUUAAUCGGAAUCCCUUUUGUUCUCCACUAUAAUUAUAAUUAAU